UUCUGUCAUAUAAGUUCAAAUGGGGUUCACCUUUAUCAUUUGGAGUUUUAUUAUUUCCUGCAAAUAAUUCUCAAUGGUCUCUAUAUAUGAAGGACACUAAUGGGUGGAUUUCCCAGUCUACACCUCCGAAUACAAAAAAAAAAUGGAGUGUAGAAAGUUUGAUCUCAAACUUAUAUCAGCUACUAAUCUGAGAGACGUACGUGAGAAAUUUAGGAUGAAGGUUUAUGCAGUGGUUACUAUUGCAGGCAAUGCAAAAACAGAGAAACGAACUCCGGUAGAUAAGGAAGGCGAGACCAAUCCUACUUGGAACGUCACGUUGCAAUACAUGAUUGGUGAGUUGGCUGUGCAAAACGAAGGGAUUGAGGUGGUGAUCACCUUAUACUGCAAGCGAACCCUAGGGGAUCGAUAUAUAGGAGAGGUGCGUACAUCCAUUAAACAACUCUAUGAGCAGCAUCCAAAUGUCAAUGGAGGAGGCGCUAAUAUAUUGACACGUCAAGUGCAAAGUAGCAGUGGAAUUUCUCAGGGAGAGCUGAAAUUUUCAUUUGGUUUUGGAGAGACAGUUAUCAUCUAA